GGGGAGGGCGAUAAUAUCUCUCAUAGAUUUAUAUUCAGGUUACUAACAGUUUCCUGUAUACCCAUCUGACAGACCAAUGACGACCAUGCAUACUCCUCGAGGGUUGAUCCAUAUGAACGUCGCACCGCAAGGGUGGACGAGCGCGGUUGCCAUGGUCCAGAGGUAUAUGGUGAGGGCAAUGCAGCCCAUAAGUCCUCACAUUACGCAGCCUUAUAUUGAUGAUCUGGUCGUGAAAGGGCCUAAGGAGAAGGAUGAGCAGGAGGUGAUGUCGGGAAUCAGGCGCUUUGUCUGGGACCAUGUGCAAGAUUUGUGCAAGGUCCUGGACCUUCUGAGGGAGCAUAACCUCACUGCCAGUGGGCCAAAGUCGAGGCACUGCAUGAGCGGGACCACUAUCUUAGGAUUUGUGUGCGACGAGCGGGGUCGUCGGCCAGAUACUAAGAAGACCAACAAGAUUCUCGAAUGGCCAACACCAUUCGAGACCAUUACUGAGGUAAGGAGCUUCGUGGGAACAUGCAGGUUUUGGAGGAUCUUUACAAAAGGGUUUGCGGCGAAGACUAGGCAGUUGCGAAAGCUUGUGCGUCAGGGCCAAGAUUGGGAAUGGGGAGAUAAGCAAGAAUCGGUAAUAAAAGGCCUGAAGAAGUUCGAAGAGGGAGAUCUAGUACUGGGGGUACCAGAUCAUGCGUCGGUGAUGACCAGGCCUUUCAUUGUUGAAACGGACGCAGGACCGACUGCUUUGGGAGGUGUGUUGAUUCAACGAGAUCCCAAUGGAGAAGAACGACCACUAAGGUUUGAGAGUCGGACGCUUAAUACAACUGAGAGGAACAACUCUCAGUUUAAGCGCGAAACCUUGACAGUUCUUCACUGUUUAAGGAUUUUCAGAAACUACCUCUUUGGCAGUAGGUUUGUACUGAGGGUGAACCCAACUGCUCUAGCUGGUUCUCUCAAGAAUUUUGCUCUCUCGGAUCCGACCAUCACCAGGUGGCUAACGUACAUCUGGAUGUUCGACUUCGAGUUGGAGCGAAUUCCGGGGAACAAGAAUAGACCGGAUGGGCUGAGUCGAGUCGACUUGGACAAGAACAGCCAAGGAGUGGUUGAGGAUGCUCCACCAGUUGACAGGUUCCUGGACAGCGAGGAGGAUGUGAGGCUUCACAUCAACUCCUGGUCACUGGCCGUGGGCAAGUACCAGCUACAAGAGGACUUGCUCACGACCGAGGAUGCGGCGCUGCAGGUGGGCAAGCACGAGAAAGUGAUAGGUGGGGUGUAUUUGCUAGCAAAUGCGCUACUUCAGGAAGAGGUGGUCAGGAAUACGGUGCUAGAUCAAGAAGAGGGUGAUAAUGUGGUCCACGAAAGAGAAGACGAUGAUUUUGAAGAAGGUGAGAUUAAGGAAGCAUUUCGAGCAGAGGAAUAUGAAGGAGUAUACCUUGAACUCGGAAUGCUUUUUUCGUGUGAAAUGAGAGAAAGGGACGCUUGCGCCAGAGUUCUGAAGAUGAGACCAAGCUUUCUAGUAAGGGAUGGCCAUCUAUUCAUGAGAAGCAAAGGGAAGGCUCCCAGAAGAGUAGUCUGCGGCGUCGUUCACCAGAUUGACGUUAUGGCAGCACUACACGAUGGUACGGCGGGUGGCCACAGAAGCACAAAGACGACAUAUCUCAAGAUACACGAAUUGUACUAUUGGGAUGGCAUGGGAAAUAUGAUCGACGAUUAUUGUAAAUCUUGUGUACCAUGCCAGGAGCGAUCCUCUCUUAGACCUAGGGAGCUGCUUCACCCAAGGUAUGUUUGUGAAGUUGGAGCGGUCGUGCACCUGGAUCUGUUGGCAAUGCCGCUGGGAAUAGGGAGUUAUAACUUUAUCGUCGAUGCGCGGGACAACCUCUCUGGAUUUGUGGAUGGCCGGGCCAUUCGCACGAAGACUGGGGAAACGCUGGCUCGAUGCAUCGAAGAAUAUUACCUGCAUUACCCCUUUGUCUCCAGAUUCGUGAUGGAUAGAGGGUCCGAGUUCACCUGUGCGGAAGUAAAGACUCUUUUGAAGAGGUAUGGGGUGAUCGCCGAGUACACUACUGCGGCGCACCCUCAAGCUAAUGCACCUGUGGAGAGAGGGCAUAGCACCAUCACAAAUCUUAUUGCCAAGUGGACUGAUGGCAGGCCCAAUCAGUGGCCGAAUUUCCUAAGGGUCGCUUUCUUCGUGGAUAAUAUCACUGUCAGGAGAAGCAUCGGCUACGCACCAGCCACGUUAUGGUAUGGCAGGCAUGCAACAUUUCCUAUUGAAAGCUUCCUAAAGACCUGGAGGCGGCAAGACCUCGAGACUUAUCUGACAUUUGAGGAACUGCUUGACUUAAGGGCACGUCAGAUUGGCGCUAUAAAGGACAAAAUUGAGGGAGCAACGAGUAGGGUGGCGGACAGUCGUACCAAGGACAAGUUCAGGUGGGAUAAGAUGGCAAGAGUAAGAAAGGAACCUCUUAAGCUGGGAGACAUUGUGUUGCUAUACGACUCAUCCCUGGAGAAGCAGUGGUCACAGAAGUUGGACAAGAGGUGGUUGGGACCAUACAGGGUCACCAGAUGUGGUGAACAUGGUGCCUACCAGAUUGAGGAGCUGAAUGGGACGACAUGGAAGGACUGGGUGUUAGGCUCGAGGCUGAAGAAGUUUGUGGCUCGAGACGAGCAGGGAAAAGAGCCUCAGGAGGUGGAUGACAAGAGUGGAAAGGGCACUUGCACUCAGGAGGAGGACCUUCCCUUAUUCUCAGAGGUAUGGGUCAGGUUUGACAAGCUGAUGGAUGUCGUAGGGAGGUCUGGAGGGCAUCAUCAGGAGAUGGGGAUUAAGCUAGUCUCUACAGACCUACUCAACUUGAGGGGCGUGAUGAAAGAAGGCUUCGCAGCAGCCAGAGCUUCAGAUCAGAAGGUCGGAGAGAGGCUGACAAAGGUGGCACAGAAAGCGUAUGGCCAGAGGGUUGAAUGGGAAAGAGAGAUUGAAGACUUGAAGAAGGAAUUGGGAACGGAGAGUAAGGAGGUGGAGGCAGUGAGGGCAGAUAUGGAGAAGAUUUGGGCAGAAAACGAGGUCGUCAGGCAGGUCAACCAGACCCUCAACAAAGUCAAUGACGUCCUGAGGACCUAUCUACAGGCACAGCAGGUCUCCUUCCAAGCAAAGGAAGUUGAGUGGGAGAAGAGGAUACAAGACCUCGAAGCCAAGUAUACACGACAGGCUCCAACUGCAGUGGUGGAUUGGACAGAGGUUGGAGGAUUUGAGUGGAGGAUGCCGGCGGGUCUGACGCAAGGACGAGAGUCGGCGAUGCCAGAAGAGAGGCCACCAGCAAAGGCCAUGGGAGCUGAAGUGGUUUCACCUACGACUCAGGGAGAGGCCGUGAGGCCACAGGAAGGUCAGGAGAGUGUGGGUCAGACCAUGGCUGAGGCUGAGUCAAGGAGGGACUUGAAGGGGUGUCAGGAGUCGGCCAUACCUCAGGAUAUGCCUCUGGUGGCAGGUUUGCGGGACGCAUUGGGAACUUGGGCCACUGGUUCGGGGCCAGAGGGACGUGUCGGCGAGCAGGUGAUACCAACAGACGAGAGAGCGGCAUGCCCCACUUCCCCAGAGGUUCCACAACAGGAGGUCACGAGUAAGAUCUCAACCAUCCCAUCAUCAGUACCCUCGCAGGAAGGAGACAAGAUGUCUCAGAAGAAGGUUGGCAAAUGCUUCUACUGCAAGAAGGGCAAGCAUCGAUCUGACGACUGCCCCAAGAGCCUCAAGGACGAGGCAAAUGGGUUGGUUAUCAGAGAGUCAUCUGGAGUGUGGAGAGACAGGAAUGGAGUCCUAGUUCCUAAAACUCGUGAUGGGGUAAGGGCGCAGUUGUAUAGGCAGCUGCAGGAGGUUAUGAGUGGUCAGGAGUAGGAUUUUCUAAUAAGGUCCGGACAGGUCUAAGUCUAGUAUACGCAAGGCAUUC